AUCGUCCUUCUCCUCGUCUCAUCCCCCAAAAAACAGUGGCAGUCACUCUUGACUGGUUGUUUUCCACUGAUACGGAGGCCGGAGAUUAGCCUGAAUCUUGUCGGAGGUCAACCCUGUCUGGGAUUGACCGGAGCGGUUCAGAAAUUGGGAAUUUUGGGGGGCAGCACUGAGGCAAAUAUUCAGCUGUUGAGCAGACCCAUGCGAUGAGAGAUGGGAUUCUCGGUUACUCUUGUAACUAUGUGCCCUCUCAGGUGGAUCCUUGUCCUGGUCCUCUUUGUGCAGCAGCUCAAUGCAGGGGGCAUCGAAGGCCCAUGUCAGGGCAGAAACUGCUCAGUUUGUCAGUGUCUUCCUGCUAAAGGUGCACGGGGAGGUCCAGGGAAGCCUGGCCAACCAAGCCCCCGAGGACCAGUGGGUCCAAGGGGAUUUGAAGGGUCACUUGGAGAGAAGGGCAGAAGAGGAGCAGAAGGAUCGCAUGGCCCAGAGGGGCCCAAAGGAGACCCCGGCAGGAAUGGUGUUCCUGGUUUUCCUGGUCAUGAUGGCUUACAAGGCCACCCUGGAGCAGGCGGUGAGCCCGGUGUGCCAGGGCUGGAUGGCUGUAAUGGGACCAGGGGUCGGCCAGGAGUUUGGGGUUUUCCUGGUUUGGAUGGUCUCCAUGGACCGCCGGGAUCACAAGGACCUAAAGGAAUUAAAGGAGAGCCCAUGUACGGGGUUACCCUUCCAGGGCUUCCGGGGAAUCGUGGACAAGUUGGACAACCUGGUUCACCUGGUAGACAAGGAGUAACUGGGCUAAAAGGUGACAUAGGCCUUCCUGGCCUUCUGGGACCUGAGGGAUUGGAAGGACCUAAAGGUGUGAGAGGAGAACCAGGGGACCCGGGAGGAUCACUAGCAGGAACCAAAGGUGACGAUGGUGACCAAGGCCCACCUGGCCCACAAGGACUGGAAGAAGUCAAAGAAUUCCCUCCAGACUUUCUUCCACCCAAAGGCCACAAGGGAGACCGAGGUGUUCCUGGACCAUGUGGACCGAAGGGUGUAAGCGGUGGUAGAGGAGACAUGUACAUCCAAGCAACAAAAGGAGAGCAAGGAAUAGUUGGUUUUCCUGGAGUCGAGGGUCUUCAAGGAUAUCCUGGUAAAGAUGGACCUCCAGGACCUGAGGGUUUGCAUGGAGGGAAAGGAUUUCCAGGUCUCAUUGGAAGAAACGGACCAAAGGGUUACCCAGGAGAUCCAGGUCCCGCUGGUCCUCUCAACACUAGAAGUUACGUUAGAGGUGUUCAAGGUGACCGAGGGUAUCCUGGAACUCCUGGACCUCAAGGUGACUCUGGGUACAUGGGCAUGCAUGGUCCUCCUGGCCCACCAGGGUUAACAAUACCAGGAGAGCCUGGUCGGCCUGGUCCACGAGGGCCCCUUGGUCUGAAGGGAUUCAAAGGAGAGAAAGGGAGGUAUAACAACUUUGAAGAUCUGUUUCCGGGAGUAAAGGGACCUAAAGGACACCUCGGACCUAAAGGUGUCACUGGUCUCCCAGGUCCUCCAGGAUGUGGAGAUUACUACUGUGAGCCUGGAAACCCAGGAGACCCUGGUGAUGUGGGACCCAAAGGAUCUCCUGGAAACCAAGGGGUCAUGGGAAUUAAAGGUUGUCCAGGGGAAUGUAAUUGUAGGUCUGCUGGUGGAAGCGAAGGCCCCCCUGGUCCUACUGGUUAUCCAGGACAUCCAGGGUUACCUGGAACUCAAGGACAUAAAGGGGACCCAGGGCUCAAAGGAUUAGAUGGUCCAAAAGGACCACAUGGUUUUCAAGGAAUUCCUGGAAGUAAAGGACAAAAGGGUCAAAAGGGUGAAUCCUUCUCGGUAGAUGCUCCGGGUGCUAAAGGUAACAAGGGAGUGCCUGGACGUCCUGGUCCUCCUGGAGAAGCGGGUAGACCAGGACGUGAUGGCUCCUCUGGACCUGUGGGGGAACAUGGACCUCCAGGUGCUGGAUAUGUAGGAUUACCUGGUCCCAAAGGUUAUCCUGGUGUUGCUGGACCAAAAGGGUCUCAAGGCCUUAUCGGCCCCCCAGGUCCUGGUGUUCAAGGUCUGAAGGGUCAGUCUGGACCCAAAGGUUAUCAGGGACUUCCUGGCCCCUCAGGCGUUCCUGGUCGAACAGGCCCUCCAGGUGAAACUGGGGAAUGCUGUCAUGAUGAUGAGAAUGGAUCACCUGGUCCGAAGGGAGAGCCAGGCUUACCGGGGUUUCCAGGGGAGCCAGGAAGAGAUGGUCCUAUGGGAGCUUUGGGAGCAAUGGGAUCGAAAGGCAUGAAAGGCGAUGACAGUAGAACUGGAGGGAUUGGACUGCUUGGCCCUCCAGGAUUAAAUGGGGAUCAAGGGGACCCUGGUCCUGGAGGAAUUAGCCAGGAUGGCCCUCCAGGUCUUCCUGGGUUGCCAGGACUUCAAGGUAGGAAGGGUGAUCCAGGAGAUGUCCUCUUUGCAAGGCCAGGUGCUACCGGCCCACCUGGCCGCCCUGGGGCUCGUGGACCUAGUGGACUCCGGGGAAUUCCUGGAAAUCCAGGGCCUCAAGGCGCACAAGGCCAGCCUGGGCAACCUGGUUGGAAAGGACAGCCAGGUGACAAUGGUGUUCCUGGAAACACUGGUCCCCGUGGUCCACCCUGCACUUUAUGUGACCUGAGAGGACCUUCAGGCCCCUCAGGCCCCCAAGGAAACCCUGGCCAGAGGGGAGUAUCAGGCCACUCUGGGCAGAAGGGAUUUCAAGGUGCUGCAGGUCCACCUGGUCAUGGGCAAAGUGGUCCACAAGGUUUUCCUGGCCCCCCUGGUUUUCCAGGCCCAGCUGGACCAAGAGGCCCCGCUGGUGCCUCAGGAGAUCUUGGGGCCGAUGGCUGGCCAGGACAGAAAGGUGAAAGGGGGGACCUAGGCAAGAAUGGGAAGAUAGGUUUACCAGGUCGUCCUGGACCUGCAGGACCCAGAGGUAGACAAGGAGAAAGAGGCUUUGAUGGUCGCCCUGGUGGUACUGGACCCCAAGGACAGCCCGGUAAUAAGGGUAUGAUUGGUCAACCAGGAUCAAGAGGACUUUCCAUGUUAGUAAAUGUAACAAAAGGCGCAUCAGGACUUCCAGGAAGGAAGGGGCAAUCAGGAGAAAAAGGAUCUGCAGGCUCAAAGGGCCCAAGGGGUGCGCUAGGUGAUUCGGGGCCUGAUGGACCGCCUGGUUCGUCAGGGUUUAAAGGCCGCCCAGGUGCUCCAGGCAGGGCAGGAACACCUGGACCUCCUGGGAUCCAAGGGAUCAAAGGUUUCCCUGGUUCAAGAGGAUAUCCUGGACAUGCUGGCGAUCUGGGAGAUCGAGGGCCAUGGGGGGAAAUUGGUAUCCCAGGGUUACCAGGAUUUCCAGGAGCCAAGGGUGAUCCAGGAAGAUCUUAUGGAAAAACUGGUCUACCUGGACCAAAAGGAUUGCCAGGAGAUGAUGCACCCACCAGCAGUGUCCAGGAGAUCCAGGGGACCCAGGACUCAAGGGAUGGUCAGGACAGCCCGGACAGUUUCCUUGGACCUCGUGGCCCAUCGGGUCGUCCAGGUUUUCCGGGUGUUCCAGGCGAUCGUGGAGGUCCGGGACCCACGGGCCCGCCCGGCCAAUAUGGGCCUUCAGGUCCAUCUGGAUCACCGGGUCUGGAUGGAUUGGAUGGGCUUAGAGGUCCAAAAGGGAUAAAAGGAACAAGUGGCACAGGUACACCUGGCCUUCCGGGACCAGAUGGUUUUCCUGGAGUCAAAGGUCUCAUGGGUCAGCAAGGACCUCCAGGGGAUAUUUUUCCUGGGCACAAGGGCCACAGGGGUCCACCGGGCUCAACAGGAUUUCCAGGUGAACCUGGUGAACAUGGGGACUCUGGCAGAGCACUCUGCCAGUGUUCACCUGGACCUAACGGAGACCAAGGAUAUGAAGGUCUUCCGGGACCCUCAGGACCUCCUGGCGAGCCAGGCUCUCCAGGCAGCAGCAUUUUCACCAAAGGAGAGCCCGGUCCAGUUGGCCUUCCAGGAUUACCAGGUCGUAAGGGAAACGGGGGCCCCCCGGGGCCUCCUGGGUCUCAGGGUUACCCAGGCUUUGACGGACCAAAAGGUGAUAGAGGGCCUGCUGGUUCUACUGGUCCCCCAGGAUCCAAAGGCCAGAUCGGGGUCCCCGGGCCUUUGGGCCGUAAGGGAGUAACAGGCCCAGCUGGAGAAACAGGUGCAAAUGGUGCUCCUGGUGAUUAUUCCCCUCAAGAGACCCCUGGACCCCCAGGACCACGGGGUCCCUCUGGACCUGUGGGAUUCCCUGGGGACAGGGGUCCUCCUGGGACUCCAGGACGUAAAGUGUUUGUAUUGUGUGUUCCAGGACAGAAGGGCCACACAGGGUUUGUGGGUGUCCCUGGCAAACCGGGUCCUGCUGGUCGUAAUGGUCCUGUUGGAGACGCAGGAGAUCCUGGUCAGCUCGGAUUUGGUGGACCUCAAGGUCUCCCAGGUCCACCCGGUGAUCCAGGUAACCCCGGCCAAGGGGAGACGUUAAGGUCAGGCUACUUGUUGGUAAUCCACAGUCAAUCAGUUCAGGUGCCACAGUGUCCUGAAGGCAGCAGUCUGCUUUGGGUGGGCUACAGUUUGGUCUACUUGGAGGGACAAGAGAAGGCUCACACUCAAGAUCUAGGCCAGGCUGGUUCUUGCCUCCCAGUUUUCUCCACCAUGCCUUUCUCGUACUGCAACAAAGGCGCCUGUCACUACUCUAGUCGCAACGACAAGUCCUACUGGCUCUCCACCACUGCUCCCAUACCCAUGAUGCCCCUGUUUGGCCAGGAGAUUAGCUCUCACAUCAGCCGCUGUGUGGUGUGUGAGACAGUUUCUUCUGCAGUGGCUUUUCACAGCCAGGAUUUCAAAGUCCCCGCAUGCCCACCUGGCUGGAGGAGUCUGUGGACGGGCUACUCUUUCCUCCUGCACACAGGGGCAGGUGAUGAGGGGGGCGGCCAGUCUCUGGCUUCUUCCGGAAGCUGCCUCAAGGAUUUCCGAACUCACCCCGUCAUAGAGUGCCAGGGUGCACGCGGCUCUUGUCACUACUUUGCCAACAUCUAUAGUUUUUGGCUGACCACCGUCAGCGAGACGGAGCAGUUUGUCACCCAGAGGUCUGGCACCAUCAAGGCCGCUGAGCGGCAGCGUCGAAAGGCCAGUCAGUGUCACGUCUGCCUCAGGGAACAAUAAAAGGCGCUCCUUUUGCUUUUAGUUAAUAAUUUUAUUUACAGUUUUUCCUGUUUCUAAACAGUUUCUGACGACCCCUCAGAGUAAUAGAUUAUAAAUGAUUGUAGUGUGUUUGGCUACCAGGGGGUUCUGUGGGGGUUUCACAGAGACAAAGUACAAGUUGCUGGUCAGUAAUGCAACUUUAUUUUGGAACUGGCAGCAGUAAUUGUACUCUUAGUCUUAGGCCUCCUCGUCUGCCUUUUUCCUCUGCCGGAUCGCCACUACUGCUUAUGUAGACAGGGAGACAAACAAUUCAUGCAAUUGGAUGCAGCUGAGGGAAAUUACACCUCCACCACCAUUACCUGAGCCACUACUCUACUCUGUCCUCUCUGCAGCGAGCCAAACCACGCCAGCCACCACAAUGAAUUACCGCAAAGAAAAUGCGUCUUAGCAUUUAUAUGGUGUUACCUUUAUGUGAUACCAUGUUGCUGCCACUCUGUCCCUUCUCUGGCACUAUUCAACUAGGUGCUAUUUCUAAAAUCAUAUAGUUGAUCAUGAUGCUAGACUACUUGAAGAUUUUGUAACAAUACAUUGUCAAACUUGGAUAAAUACUUUAAAAUCAUUCUUUCUUCAUCGAAGUUGUUGUCUUCAAAUAAAACUUUUGACAAAGUUUCAA